AUGUAUCAAAAUCCCGACGGAACCCCGUCCUCUCCGGCAUACACUACACCGUUGAUCACAAAAGAGUCAUUUCAAGCCGAGCAGCAAACAGCGUCUCCAACUGUGUUUACUAGCACAGACCAGGCGGAGCGACGCCCACUAUCCCUUGUCCCCGUCCGCCGUCCGCCAGAACCAGAGCUGCCAUCCCCUUCUGUUCCGGAGAACAGAUUUCGCACGUUCUAUCAGCAAAUCAUCCUCCUUCGAUGGCCUUGGAAGAGAGCGUACGCGACAUCCAAGGACGAUGUUGCAGAGACUCGGCAUAUGGUCGGUUCACCUGAGCUAGCUCCUCAACCAACCAUCCAACCGAGUUCUGGAAUGUACAGCGACACCCGUACUCAUUUCAGGCAGUGGUUCCGGAAACGGCAUAUUAUACGUGUGGAGCGCGUGCAGCGAGAUACUGUAGAUCUCGAAUGA